AUGAUUAAAAAUUUCCUUAACAAGCUUCCAAAGAAACAGGUAAAGUCAGCAGAGAGUCGUGAUGGAGGGUCUUUGGCUCUCUCUUCAAAUGCUUCGACUACUUCCAGAAUCAAUUCUGCUUCAGGUGCCCGGUCAGGCAAUGUAAACUCCUUGGAGAAUAAUUCGACACAGAACUCUGGUGUUAAUCAUGGGAACAAACUUCAUGAUCCGUUACGCAGCAAAGCAAACGGGAGUAGUCCGCCAGUGCCAUAUGAGGCACUACCUGGUUUUAGAGAUGUCCCCAGUGCGGAGAAGCAGAACUUGUUUAUAAGGAAACUGAGCAUGUGCUGUGUAGUAUUUGACUUCACUGACCCCACGAAGCAUUUGAAUGAGAAGGAUGUCAAACGGCAGACUUUGGUGGAGCUUGUCGACUAUGUCUCUUCAGCGAAUGGGAAAUUCAGUGAUGUGGUCCUGCAAGAGAUCGUGCGAGUGGUGUCUACAAAUUUGUUCCGCACUCUCUCUACUCAGCCUCGUGAAAACAAAGUCUUGGAAGGUCUUGACGUGGAAGAAGAGGAGCCCCUAAUGGAUCCUGCAUGGCCACAUCUGCAAAUCGUCUAUGAGUUUCUCCUCAGGUUUGUCACAUCCCCAGAGACUGAUGCAAAGCUGGCAAAGCGCUAUGUUGACCAUUCUUUUAUUCUAAGGCUAUUAGAUCUGUUUGAUUCGGAAGAUCCAAGAGAAAGGGAGUACUUAAAGACAGUACUGCAUCGCAUAUAUGGGAAGUUCAUGGUGCAUCGCCCGUUCAUUAGGAAAACCAUAAACAAUAUAUUCUACCGAUUUAUCUUUGAAACAGAGAAGCAUAAUGGGAUUGCAGAGCUGUUAGAAAUUUUGGGAAGUAUUAUAAAUGGAUUUGCGUUGCCGUUGAAAGAAGAGCACAAACUUUUUCUUGUCCGGGCGCUCAUUCCACUUCACAAACCAAAGUGCAUACCGAUGUAUCAUCAACAGCUAACUUAUUCCAUCACACAAUUUGUAGAGAAAGACUGUAAGCUCGCAGAUACUGUUAUCCGAGGCUUGCUUAAAUAUUGGCCCAUAACAAACAGUUCAAAGGAGGUCAUGUUUUUGGGUGAGCUCGAGGAAGUGCUGGAAGCAACUCAGCCACCAGAGUUCCAGCGCUGUAUGGUUCCUUUAUUCCGCCAAAUUGGUCGCUGCAUGAGCAGUUCACAUUUUCAGGUUGGUUAA